AGCACAAGGUGAUUAUCGUUGGACUAGACAACGCAGGGAAAACCACUAUCCUCUACCAAUUUCUGAUGAAUGAGGUGGUCCACACGUCGCCCACCAUCGGAAGCAACGUGGAAGAAAUAGUGGUGAAGAACACCCACUUUCUGAUGUGGGACAUAGGCGGGCAGGAGUCGCUCCGGUCCUCCUGGAACACCUACUACUCCAACACAGAGUUCAUCAUUCUGGUGGUGGACAGCACAGACAGAGAGAGGCUGGUCAUCUCUAAAGAGGAGCUCUACAGGAUGCUGGCUCACGAGGACCUACGGAAAGCAGCUGUGUUGAUAUUUGCCAAUAAGCAGGAUAUGAAGGACUGUAUGUCUGCAGCGGAGAUCUCCAAAUACCUCACCCUGAGCUCCAUCAAAGACCACCCCUGGCACAUACAGUCCUGCUGUGCACUUACAGGAGAGGGUUUAUGUCAAGGACUUGAGUGGAUGACCUCGAGGGCUGGACUCAGAUAGCCCCUCCCUCCGCCGUCGACGGCCUGACUACCUGCACCACCCACACGGUGGCACAACAGCUUGUCCUUACCGGCUUAUUGUUACCUUUUUAUUUUUUUAAAAUGAUGAAUUUUAAUUGACUUUGACCUCUGGAGACGGCACAGGACGGGAGCGUUGAACCUUUCCACGGCUUAAUUGUUAACAGCGGAGGCGGAAACCAGAACUAAUGAACUGACCUGGUUGUGGAACGAGGAGGAAAAAGGAGGAGAAGGAAAAUCAUUUCAGCAGGACUCAUGUUAAGAGUUUGUCCGAGUGCAGAGCAGGGCUGCACUGGGCACUCAUUUACACUACAUACAUAUCAUGUUACAUUACACCAUAUCAUGUCAAGAGUAUGCCAUAAACAUCACGUUGGUGCCCAGCUUUGGGAAAACAUGGCGCAGCUUGUUAUUAUUUUUGCUUCUAUAUUAAAGUUUGUUCAUGUUCAGGUGAAAAUUUGAGGGAUUUACAAACAGUAUUGUAAGAUGAGUUUGAAUGGGACACUCAAAUGUGUUUGGAGUUAUUAUUUUUUUCUAGAAUAAUGUUGUCAUAAUUGUUUUUUUCAGUUCUCACUUUUAGCACAGCGAUUUGAUAUCUGUUACACAUGAUUUCAGUUUCAUAAGCUACAUUGUCAGUGGUUGUUCUCACGCUAGAACUAAAUGGUGCCGUUCUUGAGACAACGUGGUCAAAUAGGAAUCUCCCUUCUUAUUAACUUUGAGCCUGUACUUGUAUGUUAUUGAGCCACGUGGUGUAGAUUCAAGAGUGUCGGCAUGCAAACUUUUUCCUUUAUAAAAAACAAACUGAUCCUCUGGCGCAAACGGAAAGUAUGUCAGCUAUUUGUUUAAUUUAGCAUCGAAUGGCUGAAACGUCAUUAUUUCAAAUGCAGGUACAAAGUUUUAACAACAGUAUUUUCAAUUUAAACGCUAUGUUUCGUAUUUGCGUUGUGAUUUUUAUUUAAUUUUAUUCAUUUAAUUCUUGCUUUUUAUAGCCUUUUUGUUUUUUUCCCCUGCAGGUUUGCUCAAUGCAAGUUGGCACCUAAGACCUGUUUUGUAUUAAUGGACGACUGGUGCUCUGCUAGCGUGUGUGUGACUGAGCCACUGCACCCUCAUAUCAACACCUCGUUAGUUUUCUGCAGCCAUUUUGGCGCAUAUUCCUCUUUAAAACAUUUUGUACUUUUUAAACAAAGGGAUCAGAAUAAGCCACCGUCAGAUAGGUGCCACACAUUUAUGGGUUGUUACUUGAGCUGCCUGGACUGGAGUGGUUCAAUAGCACCAAGAUGAUCUUAACUCAAUAUUUUGGCCAUCAUACAAGUUACAAAUACUUGAUCCUCAGCCUUAACCAUGCUGUUGUGAGUGUCUGGAGGACUGUAUGUGUGUGAAUCAUGAUCUUUGACCCUGUAUAAAGAAUUCCUUGGCGACAGAUCUAUGCACAUGUCACUUUGAAACCAUGUAUACCUUUUUAAGCAAGUUCCACAGUGGCCAAAAAGGAGGGUGCAUGAGUUUCACUGAAGUGGUGUCCAUCUUGGUCAGGGAGGUGCCUCUGGGUCUUUAAAGUGUGAACUGAGCAGACCCCAGACUCUUUGCAGCAUUAAAGGUUUACAGCUCUCAAAGCAAGGGAACUGAUCAUGUCCUCUGUGUGGUGAUGUUUAGUCUGGGUCAUGUACUGUAUUUCACUUUUGUUUUCAAUAAAAGUUUGUUUUGAACUUUGA